GUACGUCGAAAUACGCACUACUUUUCCGUCACUCUCCAGUGUGAAGAAACUCUGGAAGCAAACAGAACAAAAAAAAAGUGGACGCACAAACGAAGCACGAAUGUCCUUUCAAUGUUCCGGCGAGUGUCGCGUAGCGCCGCGAUGCUUCCAGGGCAUCGAUGCCCCGCUGCUGUGCCGGCAGCUCUGCAGCUGACCUGUCAACGCCGUUGCAAUAGUCAUGCAUCACAGCGCGAGGAAACGACACUCGAGGAGUACGCGGAGCGGCGUCAGUGCUUUCUUCGGCACCUUCCACCGCACAGUAUCGCGUUGCUCCCCGCAGCCGACGAGGUCAGCUACAGCCACGACAUUCUGUGCCCGCACCGGCAGGAUUCGUUGUGGUAUCACCUGUUCGGGUUGCACACGCCGUUGCGCCGGCAACUCGAGCCUUCGUCGUCCACCCUUACAGCGGACGUGCGAGCGACGAUGGCGGUGUUUGCGAGAGGCGCGGACAACUUCACUCACACGAUCCUGUGCGCUCCUCCUGUAACGGUAGACCCGGCAACGGUGGUAUGGGCCGCAGAGACAACGCCACGAACCUCGUACGAAGCGAGGUUGCGUGCACACACGCAGACAAAAGAAGUUGGAUGCAUCGGCUCCACGUCUGCCGUGAUUACGAACGACGUGGGCACCAUCUGUGACGCGGUGUGCCGUCUAAUUACGCAGAUGGCAACCCAGCAAAUAAUAAAAUGGGCCGAAGCCGAGCGAGCCUAUUCAAACUGCGCAUCAUUCAAUCCAACUGCUGAGGAACGCGUUGCGCGUGAUCGCGGUGAUCUGCUGCGCAUCAUGCCGCAAAUAUUUGCCGCCUACCCUCAGCAGCUGCGGUGGGACGGGCGGCGCUACCGUUUGCCGCCGCGGUCCCGUCAACAACCACAAUGCGAGGAAGUGAAAUCCUUGCAAGCGCGCCCGGAAAAGUCACAACACACGUUCCACCACCCUUUAGAGGCGUUUUUUCACACCCUGCACUCUACUGCGAUCACCGUGCAUCUUCCGCGCCUCUUCUUCGACGGCACACCACAGCCGCCCUGGGACUCUGCGACGUUCCAUUACAAGACGGCGGCGGCGUAUACGCCAGGUCUGGUGUCACAUCAUCCAGCACCAUCCACCGCCUCCGCCGAAGCGCAAAUUUUCAUUGCGGCAUCUGCAUCGGGCAAGUGGACCUCCGACUCGCCUACCCGUACAAUGCGGGGUGAAGUACGCCUGCCAAUACGCCGCUUCGACGCCUACGGGUGGUCCUAUCGACUGCUGAAAAGUCCCUCGCAGGUGCGACAGCAUCUCCGCAGCGCACGCGCCACCGAGCACGCGUUUGUGCACCUCAUGCGCCGCUCUGCCACGACGGCCGCAGAGCACGAUCUGCACUGCGCCUUCCAGCGCUGUGUGUGCGACUGCAGUGCGCACUUUGGCGCCGCAUCCCGGGUACGGUCUGCGUACAUCCCUGUCAUCGCAAGCGGCGUGCGCAGCACUGACAUUCACUACACCGACAACUGCGCGGAGGUGGCAGCAGCAGCAGACGUAGGCGUGGUGCGCGUCGACGCCGGGGUGGAGGUGGAGUACGUGCCGACGGACUGCACGCGAACGUUUCCCAUUAGCGCCGCGACGUUUCCGUGCCCGCAGCACGCACAGCUGUACGACGGGCUUGUGCGGAUUCAACGGUCGCUGCUGCAUCGUAUUGCCCCUGGCGUGGCGAUGAGUGACGUCGCCAAACUUCACCUCGAUGAAACGCGUGCGUUGCUGUGCUCCCUCGGCGUUGACUUCCGACGUGUAUCGUCGAUGUCUGUCUCUGAAGCCCCUCGCGUGUCCGGAGGUGAGGACGAAGGGGAAGAGGAGCAAGAGCGCCAGCUGCCCAUGUCAGUGGUGCGGGCGUGCUUCUGUGCGCACACCUUUGGCCAUCUCUUUGGCCUUGACAUUCAUGAGGAGUGGGGCAUAGCGUCGCCGAUCACAUCUCCUUCGAAGGCAGUCCUGCAAGGCACCACCGCAGCACCAGCUCCGCACAUCUUUACCGGGGGCAUGAUGCACACCGUUGAGCCUGGAGUUUACAUGCCAAGUCUCGCACGCGCUAGUCUAUUUGGAAUGACGGCGGCCCAAUUGCCCGAUGCGUUUCACCGAGGCAUCGGUAUGCAGGUGGAGGACGAUGUACUGAUUCUUCCCCUUGUCAACGAUCAAGGCAACGCUGCUCCUCGUGAAGAGAUUACUUCUUGCCUCGGCCGAUGGAGUCGAGGUACCUACCUCCAACACGCACUGGCGGCCUUUGCGCGCUACUACGGAGACGCUCGCGUGUGUGAUGUGAAGUCCUUCCGUACACCUUUGGAGUCCGCUUCAGCCGUUGUUGAACUGUGUCGACAACACGUGCAAACCCUGCGGAAAGCCGGUGCCGUUGCGUCCGUGCUGCCCACACACGAGUGGAAUGUUGUGUGCUUUCUCUUCUCCCAACGCCUGGCGAUGGACGGGCAUAAACCGGCAGUGGCGGCGUUAGCGAGCGAUAUCGCUGCUGUCCAGGCGCUGACAUUUGUCGCAAGCCCGGCUUACGCGUCGGCAUCUCUUCUUGUACCUACUGUUUCUCACACGGAGUGGUAUCCGUAUUCUGUGGUGGUGCUGACGGCAUCCGUACCAAAAGAUCGCCACUGGAUCGAAAUGUUGAUGCGAGAGUCGCUCUAG